GGAGGAGUCAGCCCGGCGCGGCCAGCUGAAGCGGCAGCUCGCUAUAAAAGCCGCCGCUCUGGCCGGCGGCUGGGGAGCGCGGGCGAGCGCAGCGCGUUGCAACCCGGCUGAGCCUGGCGAGCGCAAGCGGCGCGGCGGGCGUCGGCGGCGGGGCGCUCGGGGCCGGAGGAGCUGAGCGUGGUCAGGGGCUGAGCCCCGCUUUCCCAGACGAACUACCACUCCGCUUGCCUACGUCCCGGGAGAUCGCAGGGCCCGUCAGUGUGCCCCCGACCGCUCCGGCCGCUGCGCUUCUGGCCCGCGAGGCGUGCCACUGUCUUGGCUACCGACCGGGAGGUAAGAGGGCCGGGCUCGGCGCGCCAGGGCUGCGCGUACUGCCCAGCCUCAGAGGGGAGGGCAGACUGGGGGUUCAGCGCCUCCACCAGUGAUAGGGAAAACGUUACCCGUCAUUGGCUUCUGUUUGUCCACUCAGUGCUGUGCGGUCCGCCUCUGUCUGUCUGUCCACGUGUCUGUUGAGGGGCACACGUCCUUGUCUCUGUCCGCUGUGGGAUUUCUCUGAGGUCGUGUGAGCCUUUGGAAGCAGCAGGUGCCAGGGGCUCCAGUGUCCCCGGAGCGCAUCCAGCCGGGGGCAGAUACCCGUUUUCCUUAGAGUUCCCCCGUUCUGAAUGUCUCGGGGGGGCUUGCGCCCCAAACAGUGUCUUGCCGAGGAGGGACUGCUCCGAGGGUCAGGUCGCGGAGUCCAGCCCAUAAGGAGCCGUCUCACACUGUGCAUGAGUGGGCAUGCAUCUGGCAACAGGUCUGCGCCCUGCUGCUCGGCCUUCAGCACGGUCUUCCUUCUGGUGUUUCCCUCCGCCUCCCGCUGCCUACACGCUCGCGCACUCCCCGACGGCGCUAGGCACCCAGCAUCGCUCUGGCACGCGACGGGUGGAGGCAAUUGAAUAUUAGAUGACACGAGGGCCCCUACUGCUGUUUAGGCUGAGAGCCCCAACCUGCCAUCGCUGCAAGAGGGUUCGGCGGUCCCUGGCAAGGGUCGUCAGCUCCAAGAAAGGUCAUAUUAGGUUGGGAAGAAAGUCAGGGACCUGGUGGAGCGCAGGCCAGGGCCGUGGCCAGGUCUCCAGCUCGCCGCUCUGGGAACCAGGGCCAGAGACAUUCUGGAAUGGACCCGGCCGGACGCAUGUGCUCUUGAGAAAGGAGCUCAGUGCGCCGAGGUCCUCCGCCGCAGACUCGCUGACCGCGUUCUCAGAGACGGCCGCCGUUCCCCAAGGGUCCAACACUACUGCCGUCCCCGGCGCGCCGCCAGGAGCCGGAUCUGAGGUCCUGAGUCCUGCUUCAUGCAGCCAACGCUGCCCACAGUCAUUGUUUGAUGGGGACUCCAGCUCCACUUCAUAUUCAUGUUCGAGAACUUGUUGAUGGACUUGAUGAAAGUGCUGAAGUUGAUCACAAUGCAAACAAACCAAACCAAACCAAAACAAACAAAACUUGUUCACCAAAGAGAAAUGGAAGAAUUUUUGCAUGAAACAAAUCAGUUGCCUGGUUUUCCCACCUGUAUCACCUGGAGAAAAGAUAAAUAGAUCAGAAGUAAUCUUAGCUCCCUCCAUCUGAAAGGAGUGGAACUGAAGGAUGCAGUCCACAGAUGCUGAGAAUCUUUCUGUGACUUUUGUCUACCCGGUAAUGUGAACGGAACAGGAGGACAUGGGCCCUGGCUGACCUUUAAGUCCCGGUUCUCUUCUCUGGACUCCCAUGCAGUUCCGGUUUCCAGCACACAAGACUUUCUGGUGACAGGUCCUACCCCAGGGCAGCUGAAGGAAGAGCAAAGCCCCAGCCCCUGGUGUGUGAUGGCAGCAGCGAGGAGACCCGGAGACAGAGGGUAGCAGGCGACGCCUCUUGUCCCUGCUUUUCCUCCUGCCCCUCCACGCCCCUGGGAGGCCUGGCAGACACGGCGUGGAGCUGCAGCUGGACGGGAAGGUGCUGAGCUCCUGGAAAACUAGCUUGUUCUUCCGAAGCCUCGUGGAGUAUCCCGCAGUGCCGGCCCUUCCUCUUCCAAAUGGCUGCCAGAGGGGUUCACCGCACCCUGUAAGGAAGAGGCCAGCUCAGGACCAUUGGGACCCAGCAAGGGCAGCCUUCAGCCAGCCUCCAGCCAGCCUCCAGCCAGCAGCUUCCUGCGGAGCCUUCUAGCAUCGUUAGCCAACCAUGCACGCUUCGCAGGCCUUCAGCAGCUGGGAACCCUUUCAAGACUGUAUGUUGCCAGCUGGAGAAGCCGAACCCUGACUCGUGUUGCCAGAGAGCUUUUAGUGGCCAGCUGAGAAAGCUGUCCUCUCUUGGUGAAGAAUUCCCAAGUGAAAGUUGAGAAGCUUUGGGAUUCACAGCAACAGAAGAUUUCUCGAGGUUUCUGUACUCAGGCCCUGGAAGCCACUCACGGAGGACCACCCCCAGCAAUGUAGGGUCGCGACCUCUUUGGAGCAGGGGGACCUCUCUGUAUCCAGUGGCACUCAGGUCUCUCUCUUGAAUGUUGGGGAAAAGAGGUUUUGAGCAUUAUCCUGCCAGUGGGAAUCGUUUUUACAUCCAUCCCGAAAGUGAUUCCUUUUUUGUCUCUGAAAUGGUCAGAAGAUGUCAGGGCCACAAAUUCCCUGUACUCCAGCCUUCCACUCUGCACACGGGAAGUCGAGGCCCAGAGAAGGGAAUGUCUGGAUGAGGGUCACCCAGCAGUUAAGGCGGGAGGGACGCCCGCACCCAGAUUGCCCCACGCACCCGGGUACCUCCACCCUGGGUGCCGGCCACGUUCCUCUGCCAGCUCACGGCCCAAAGUUUGGGUUCCCUUCAUGGAGCCCCAGGUUGAUUUGGGGCUUCCCAGCAGCAAAGAGCAAACUACCUUUGGUUUUUCUAAACAGAUGGAGACUCGAGACCUGGGCUCUGACUUUCCCCGAGGGCCACAAAACACUCCUGUCCCGGUGUCCCCUUCUUUUUAUUGCAAAGAGCAUGAAAGCAGACACUCCUCUUCUGGGGGCCAUGGGAAAGGCGCCAUUCCCAGAUGCUGUGAUGCCUGACAUCAGCGGCCCUGCAGAGGCGACUAGAAUGGGUCCUGUUGUUCUCGGCAUAUCAGGCCAGGGCCAGGCAGGGUGCCCGCCAGGAGGACACUGCGGGCAUUGACGCUGCGAGUAUGGUUUCCUCCCUCCCCCGGCCUCCCCGGCGCACCUGUGCGGGAAGGACCAGGCGCAGGGCCAGGGUGCUCUGUUUCAGACCCUCUUGCCGAGCUCACACAAAGUGCUUCACCAGGAGCUGAAAGGGAGCGCUCUGCCAGAAUGAGAGCGGCUCACGGUCCGGAUGUCUCCUUUAAGGUGCUGCUGACAAUCGGCUGUUUCGCCCUGGCCCGCUUUCCCGGCGCCGCAUCCACAGCGGCAGCUGAGUGCCCUGAUCAGUGGCCUGAGCUGCAGCCCUGGAACCCUGGCCAUGACCCAGACUACUACGUGCACAUAGGCCAGGGCAGAACACUGCUGCUUAUCGCUUCUGCCACGGUCCAUUCCAUCCGCAUCUCAGAGGGAGGGAAGCUAGUCAUUAAAGACCAAGAUGAGGCAAUUGUUUUGCGUACCCGGCACAUCCUGAUUGACAACGGAGGAGAGCUGCAUGCUGGGAGUGCCCUCUGCCCUUUCCAGGGCAAUUUCAGCAUCAUUUUGUAUGGAAGGGCUGAUGAAGACGUUCAACCAGACCCUUACUUUGGCCUCAAGUACAUCGGCGUCGACAGAGGAGGUACCCUUGAGUUGCAUGGACAGAAGAAGCUCUCUUGGACAUUUCUGAACAAGACUCUUCACCCCGGUGGCAUGCAAGAGGGAGGUUAUUUUUUCGAAAGGAGCUGGGGUCACCGUGGAGUCAUUGUUCACGUCAUUGACCCCAAAUCAGGGACAGUCAUCCAUUCUGACCGGUUUGACACCUAUAGAUCCAAGAAAGAGAGUGAACGUCUGGCCCAGUAUUUAAACACGGUGCCCGACGGCAGGAUCCUUUCUGUUGCCGUGAAUGAUGAAGGCUCUCGAAACUUGGACGACGUGGCCAGGAAGGCGAUGACCAGAUUGGGCAGCAAACACUUCCUACACCUUGGAUUUAGACACCCUUGGAGUUUCCUAACUGUGAAAGGAAAUCCCUCUUCUUCUGUUGAAGACCACAUUGAAUAUCACGGACACCACGGCUCUGCUGCUGCCCGGGUAUUCAAACUCUUCCGGACGGAGCAUGGCGAGCUUUUCAAUGUCUCUUCAUCCAGCGAGUGGGUUCAAGAUGUGGAAUGGACAGAGUGGUUUGAACAUGACCAAGUGUCUUACACUAAAGGUGGGGAGAAAAUUUCAGACCUCCGGGCCACUCACCCAGGGAAGAUCUGCAGUCGCCCCAUUGACAUACAGGCCACUACAGUGGAUGGAGUUAACCUCACCACCGAGGUUGUCUACAAAAGAGGCCAGGAUUAUAGGUUUGUGUGCUAUGACCAGGGCCAAGGCUGCCAGAGCUACCGUGUGCGGUUCCUCUGUGGGAAGCCUGUGAGGCCGAAACUCACCGUCACCAUCGACACCAACGUGAACAGCACCAUCCUGAAUCUCGAAGACGAUGUACAAUCAUGGAAGCCCGGAGAUACCCUGGUCAUUGCCAGUACCGAUUACUCCAUGUACCAGGCAGAAGAGUUCCAGGUGCUCCCCUGCAAAGCCUGUGCCUCCAAGCAGGUCAAAGUAGCAGGGAAACCAAGGUACCUGCACAUUGGGGAGGAGGUAGAUGGUGUGGACAUGCGGGCCGAGGUUGGGCUCCUGAGCCGGAAUAUCGUGGUGAUGGGGGAGAUGGAGGAUGAAUGCUACCCCUACAGCAACCACAUCUGCAACUUCUUUGACUUCGACACCUUUGGGGGCCACAUCAAGUUUGCACUGGGGUUCAAGGCCGCACACCUGGAGGGCGUGGAGCUGAAGAACAUGGGCCAGCAGCUGGUGGGUCAGUACCCAAUUCACUUCCACCUGGUGGGCGAUGUGGAUGAAAAGGGAGGCUACGACCCGCCCACGUACGUCAAGGACCUCUCCAUCCACCACACGUUCUCUCGCUGCGUCACUGUCCACGGCUCCAAUGGCUUGUUGGUCAAGGACGUUGUGGGCUAUAAUUCUUUGGGCCACUGCUUCUUCACGGAAGAUGGGCCAGAGGAACGCAACACCUUUGAGCACUGCCUCGGCCUCCUUGUCAAGUCUGGAACCCUCCUCCCCUCCGACCGUGACAGCAAGAUGUGCAAGAUGAUCACAGAAGACUCCUACCCGGGGUACAUCCCCAAGCCCAGGCAGGACUGCAAUGCUGUGUCCACCUUCUGGAUGGCCAAUCCCAACAACAACCUCAUAAACUGUGCUGCUGCGGGAUCCGAGGAAACUGGAUUUUGGUUCAUUUUUCACCACGUACCGACGGGCCCCUCGGCCGGAAUGUACUCCCCAGGUUAUUCAGAGCACAUCCCACUGGGAAAGUUCCUUAACAACCGAGCACACUCCAACUACCGGGCUGGCAUGAUCAUAGACAACGGGGUCAAAACUACCCAGGCCUCUGCCAAGGACAAGCGGCCCUUCCUCUCCAUUAUCUCCGCCAGGUACAGCCCCCACCAGGACGCCGACCCGCUGAAGCCCCGGGAGCCGGCCAUCAUCAAGCACUUCACUGCCUACAAGAACCAGGACCAUGGGGCCUGGCUGCGUGGCGGGGACGUGUGGCUGGACAGCUGCCGGUUUGCUGACAAUGGCAUUGGCCUGACCCUGGCCAGUGGUGGGACCUUCCCUUAUGACGAUGGCUCCAAGCAGGAGGUCAAGAACAGCUUGUUUGUUGGCGAGAGUGGCAACGUGGGGACAGAGAUGAUGGACAACAGGAUCUGGGGCCCAGGUGGCUUGGACCACAGCGGAAGGACCCUCCCCAUAGGCCAGAAUUUCCCGAUCCGAGGAAUUCAGUUCUACGACGGCCCCAUCAACAUCCAGAACUGCACUUUCCGCAAGUUUGCAGCCCUGGAGGGCCGGCACACCAGCGCCCUGGCCUUCCGCCUGAACAAUGCCUGGCAGAGCUGCCCCCAUAACAACGUAACCGGCAUUGCCUUUGAGGACGUCCCGAUUACUUCCAGAGUGUUCUUCGGAGAGCCUGGGCCUUGGUUCAACCAGCUGGACAUGGACGGGGACAAGACGUCGGUGUUCCAUGACGUGGAUGGCUCCGUGUCCGAGUACCCCGGGUCCUACCUCACCAAGGACGACAACUGGCUGGUCCGGCACCCAGACUGCAUCAACGUUCCGGACUGGAGAGGCACCAUCUGCAGCGGGCGCUACGCACAGAUGUACAUUCAGGCCUACAAGACCAGUAAUCUGCGAAUGAAGAUCAUCAAGAAUGACUUCCCCAGCCACCCUCUCUACCUGGAGGGGGCUCUGACCAGGAGCACCCACUACCAGCAGUACCAGCCCGUCAUCACCCUGCGGAAGGGCUACACCAUCCACUGGGACCAGACGGCCCCUGCCGAGCUCACCAUCUGGCUCAUCAACUUCAACAAGGGCGACUGGAUUCGAGUGGGGCUCUGCUACCCCCGGGGCACCACCUUUUCUAUCCUCUCGGAUGUUCACAAUCGCCUGCUGAAGCAAACGUCCAAGACGGGCAUCUUCGUGAGGACGUUGCAGAUGGACAAAGUGGAGCAGAGCUACCCUGGCAAGAGCCACUAUUACUGGGACGACGACUCUGGGCUGCUUUUCCUGAAGCUGAAAGCUCAGAACGAGAGGGAGAAGUUCGCCUUCUGCUCUGUGAAAGGCUGUGAGAGAAUAAAGAUUAAAGCUCUGCUUCCAAAGAACGCCGGCGUCAGCAACUGCGCGGCCACGGCCUACCCCAAGUUCGCGGAGAGGGCCGUCGUGGACGUGCCGAUGCCCAAGAAGCUCUUUGCUUCUCAGCUGACGACCAAGGACCACUUCCUGGAGGUGAAGAUGGAAAGUGCCAAGCAGCGCUUCUUCCACCUAAUGAACGACUUUGCCUACAUCGAAGUGGAUGGGAAGAAGUACCCGAGCUCGGAGGACGGCAUCCAGGUGGUGGUAAUGGACGGGAGACAAGGGCACGUGGUGAGCCAAGCCCGCUUCAGGACCGCCAUCCUGCAGGGCAUCCCGUGGCAGCUCUUCAAUUACGUGCUGGCCAUCCCCGACAACUCCAUAGUUCUCAUGGCAUCGAAGGGAAGAUACGUCUCCAGAGGCCCGUGGACUCGAGUGCUGGAAAAGCUCGGAGCAGACAAGGGCCUCAAACUGAAAGAGAAAAUGGCAUUCGUUGGCUUCAAGGGCAGCUUCCGGCCCACCUGGGUGACUCUGGACACUGAGGACCACCAUGCCAAAAUCUUCCAAGUUGUGCCCGUCCCCGUGGUGAGGAAGAAGAAGCUGUGAGGACCGCUGCCACCUCAGCGCUGCCCUCCAGUGGACUCUGACGGUGGACUCCCAGCAGCCGCCUGGGGCAGCCUGGCUGGUCCCCCAGCCCCUGUCCAGCAGCUGCCGGGGAAGGCCACGUGUCAGCCCUGAUGGGCCAAGGGGAGGGUAUCAGAGACCCCUGGUGCUGUCACCUGCCCUCACUCAAGUGUCUACCUGCAGCCCCAGGGGCAGUGUUGCUGAUGCUGGAAACCUUCUCUUUCCUGCAGCCUCUUGGGUGCUUCUCUCCUAUCUGUGCCUCUGCGGUGGGGUGGGGUGUGUGUGUGUGUGUGUGAGGACCGUACGAGGAGACCUGCGCUGCGCUGGCAGCAAAAGUCCACUUUGGCGGGAGCUCUGCCCCAGCUGGGAGGCAGCCUGGAGGGGGCGCUGGGUCGUCCACAGAUCCCCGUGCUCUCCAGCACGCACGUUAGGGUGGUCGGUGUAGGAGGAAGAGCCCGGGUCCUAAGGAAAUCUUCAUUCCUGUAAGCAAGAACCGACCUCCACGGGAUUCGGAGCUGGCGUGCCGACCGGGAUUCCGUCUUCCGUUCACCAAGAUGGAACCGGCUACCCUCGGAGAAGGGCGAGCCUGCCUCCGGAGGGGUUCAACCUCUCAGGAGGCUUUGGCACCCAGGUUGGGAGUUGGACUAGGUGACUUUUAAAGGUCCUUUCAGUUCUGAGAUGCCAGAACUGCGAUGCUGUGGCUUUUCACAUUGUGCCCGGAACCCAGCAGUAGGUGAGAACGUUCCUUCCAGCCAACAUCCAUGAUGCUGGGUGCUCCGGGCGUACAGGAUGGAGCGGUGAGAAGCAUUGCCUAAGGCAAGGGGCUCGCAGUCUGGUGGAACAGGUGGUUGGGCGUGUGUACCUCUGAUGCCAAGCGGAGAAAGCCAAGAGAGGUAAAGAGGAGGCCAGAGGCAGUUCCCGGAGGGAAAGAGCUUACGCGCUCAGGUGGUCAGGAAGCUUCCUGCAGUAACGAAGGGCAGGGGCAUUUGGGUGGGCAGAGAUGAGGCAGCCUCUGGAGUGGUUCCUGCCCACAUCUGCCGAAGAUGGGUGACUUCAAGGUCGCCCUUUGCCCUCGACUUGCUGGCCACCCGUAAUAGAGAAGCGGGCAUCAGAGGGGGUGAUGGGCUGAGCUCAUUAUGGCCAGAGCACUGGGUCAGCUGGUCCACCAACCACUCCAAGAGGGGGUGGAGUCAAGUCGAGAAAGGGGAGCUCCUGCAUCGGGGGCCCUGAGAGCCCUCGCGGAGGCCCACACGGACACACUCACACCUCAGUGAGCCUGGGGUUUCAGAGCUGGAAAGGACCUUAGGAAACACCUAGUCCAAAGCCUUUGUUGUAUGGAUGGGACACAUGAGACCCCAAGCUGGGGACGAACCACACGGCCAGGGCAGGGCCAGGACGGGAGCCCCACUCGCCGCACUUACUGCCACACCACGCUGCCUCAACAGCCGGCCUGAGUGGCCUCGCGAAACGGGGGCAAGUCCCCUUGAAGGGAAAAAAGAUCAGAAUAGAAAAGAGAGUUGGCCGAUGACUGUUUCUCUCCUGGUUCUCUGCUCGCACAAGGGCGCCCUCCUCUGGGCUGUGGAGGUCCUGCAGCCUCCGCUUGGCUCAAACUACCUGCCCUGUCGAGCCGGCGCCCGGCAGCUGCGGUCACUGCACUGGUGCUACCUGCUUCUGUAGGUCUGCAGGCGCGCCCAGCAGACACGUUUUCGGUGAGUCAGCUAGGUGGCUCCGGGAUCUGAAGAGCUUUGGGUCCACCCCAGGCCCUCUCAGUCACUAAUAACCUGCUCUCUCCCUUGCCCACCUUGGAGAGAGCCAGGCGAGCUUCCAGAGAAAGAAAACUCUAUCUGUGGCUUAUACUCCCUCAUGAGACACCAGGGGCGCUCUGGGUCUCGUCCCCUUUCCUGCCCCGACCACAAAUUCUUUCCUUCCUUGGCACCAUCUGCCCAGCUGCACCCAAUGAGACUCGGCCCAAGAGUUCACUGCCCAGGUUGAGCCAGUUGCCAAAGAGGUCUCCCCCACUAGACAGGUCUUUCGCUGCUAGGACGUGACGGUGGGACUCUGCCGCUUAAGACCUGGCAGCUUCAAAGGCCCGGGUCCCAGGAAGGACCUCUUCCAGGCAGGUCAGAGGCCAUGGGGAGGAGAGUUCAAUGACCUCGUGUUCUUCUUGUCUAUAGUUCUGUUGAGUUUUCCUAAACUCUUAAUGCAAGGGUCUCAUACUGUGAACCACUUAGGAUGUGAUCACUUCAGAUGGCCAGGAAUGUUGACUGUCUUUGGUUCAGUUCAUGGAAAAAAAAAUACCUAUUUGAAAAUCCUCAGAGUUGUACAUAUGUCUAACAGUGCAGGAUCUGUGCAUAAAACUUUCCUUCCUAAACCAUUCACCAAGAGCCCGUGUCUGGGCAUGUUCUUGGUAGCACAAAUUUUCUCACUGCUUAGAAAAUUGUUCUUGUUGUUCUUUCUGUCUGUAAGCCUCAAAAUGAGUUAGGCCUUUAAAAAACAAAAAAACAAAAAAACAAAAAAAAAACACUCCUCUGAAACGCUUGUCUUUUUCCUGUUGCCGAAAUAGCUGGUCCUUUUUCGGGAAUUAGAUGUAUAGUGUGUUUUGUCUGUAAACAUUUCUUGUAGGCGUCACCAUGAACAAAGAUAUAUUUUCUAUUUAUUUAUUCUGUGUGCACUUCGAGAAGUCAUUGUCAGAGAAAUGAAGAAUUGUCUUAAAUGUCAUGUUUGGGGAUGUCCUUUGGACCACUUGAAAGGGGUGUACCCAGGGCCUUCUGCUUGCAGCAGAGGGUAUCGGCUCUGGUUUGGAAGAUCUUGCUGUACCAUAGUAAACAUACAAAGGAUAUCA